AUGUGGUCUAGUUUAAAGCGACAAUUAAGUGCAGCUCUGCGUGGCGAGGAUGAGGAGAGAAGUAGAACUCAUGGAUUUCAUGUUCUACGAGUUGUUGAAGGAUCUGUUGCAGACAAAGCAGGCAUUGAGAGUUAUUAUGAUUUUAUAUGUGAGGUAGAUGGAGUAGAACUGACUGAGGAUUUUGGAUGGCUUUCUACAUAUCUUUUAGGUGCUGAUCGGCCUCUUCGCGUGGUAAUUUGGUCAUUAAAAGAUCAGAUGGAGAGAUGUAUUCUUCUUUUACCCUCAGAACAUUUCGGUUUAUCAUUACGUUGGUGUUCAAUAAGUGUUGCUCAAAAAGUAGUAUGGCAUGUUUUGAGUAUUGAAACUGGAUCUCCUGCAGAAGCUGCUGGGCUCUUUCCUUAUGAUGAUUAUAUUGUUGGUACACCAGAGGAUCUUCUUCGUAGUGAAUCUGAUUUAGGAACAUUAAUUGAUAAUUACAUGAACCGAUCUUUAGGUUUAUAUGUUUAUAAUAGGCGUCAUGAAACAACGCGUUUAGUAAUACUUAUACCUAAUAGAAAAUGGGGAGGUUCUGGUGCACUCGGAUGUGGUUUAGGUUAUGGAUAUCUUCAUAGAUUACCUGGUAUAACUCGAAAAAAGAUUCAACCUGUAUCUAAGGUUUCGGAAACAUUUGUAUAUGAAGAAUUACAGGAUACACUUGGAAUUCCACUUACUGAAACCGAGAAAAUGCUAGGAGUUUCAUUAAAUUCUCAAUUAACCUCACAAACUAAAUUGAAAACAAAAUCUCGGAAAACCAAUAAAGUCUUUGAUGAAGAGAUCCUUGAAUUAAUGAAAGAAGGUGAAGAAAAAAGUCAAGAAAUAGAAAGAAAGGUAGUAUUCGUUUCCCCCGAACCUGUUUCCCAAGAAACUACUGAUUAA